GUUAGAUGGAUCUACCUGUCUGCAGACUACAGUUCAGUUACACAUACUCAACUAGUACAGAAUAUGCCUCCUACAGAGAAAGUGAAAAAGAAAAGAGAGGAGGGGGAAGGAGGGGUUCAGGAGAAGGGGAAGGAGGAGGAGGAAUCAUUAUGGUGGGGGGCUUUUAUACUCUCCAUACUUCUAACCCUUGCUACUCGACUUUAUAAGGUUGACAAUCCCAACUGGAUUUGUUGGGACGAAACACAUUUUGGGAAAAUGGGAUCCUGGUACAUAAACCGUACCUUCUUCUUCGACGUACACCCGCCGCUUGGGAAGAUGAUGAUCGCCGGUAUGGGGUAUAUCACAGGAUACAACGGUACCCAUCCCUUCGAAAAGCCGGGCCAAAGCUACGAGGAUCAUUCGAUUCUUGGUAUGCGCGCAGGAUGCACGCUGCUAGGAUGUGCCAUCGUACCUUUUUCAUACCUCACAGUUUGGGAUUUAACCGGCUCAGUAUCCGCUAGCGUUCUUGCGUCCUCCUUUAUCAUUUUCGAUAUAGGGAUGGCAACCCUUAACCGAUACAUUUUACUAGAUCCAAUCCUGCUUUUCUUUAUCUCUGGAUCGGUGUGCGCUAUGAUGAGAUUUAGGUCUUUAGUCAACCAACCUUUCUCUAAUUCAUGGUGGUUUUGGUUAGCUGCAACUGGAAGCAUGUUAGCAGGAGCGAUCUCAGUUAAAUUCGUUGGCUUAUUUGUUGUUCUCUUCGUUGGGAUCUUCACUAUAGGUCAAUUGUGGGAUAUUCUGGGAGACCUGAGUAAACCUCUCUCCUACACCGUCAAGCACUUCCUGUCCCGGGCAGUUUGUCUGAUCCUACUCCCCGCCCUGCUAUACAUCACAUUCUUCUACAUACACCUUAGUGUAUUGAGUAAGACUGGUACGGGAGAUGGUUUCUAUAGUUCCUUGUACCAGACAACAUUAGAGGGCAACAGACUACAGAACGCUACCGUUCCUGCACAGGUUGCCUACGGCGCUCAAAUAACUCUGAAGAACCACAGAACAGGAGGAGCUUAUCUACAUUCUCAUUUUCAUCUCUAUCCAGAUGGUUUUGGUAGUAAACAGCAGCAGGUUACAACCUACGCUCACAAGGACGAGAACAACGUGUUCGUGAUCAAGAAGUGGAACGAGGACGCCCCCAAUAUCACGGAUCCUCAACUAGAGAUAGAGUUCGUCAAGAAUGGGGAUUUAGUUCGUCUUGAACACUUAGUCACAAGGAGAAAUGUUCAUUCUCAUAACCAGCCUGCACCGGUUUCUAAACGUCACUUCCAGGUGACAGGAUACGGUGAAAAUGGAACUGGAGAUGCCAACGAUGUUUGGAGAUUAGAGAUUCCGGGAGCUGAGGAUGGAGAGAUUGUUAGAACUGUUGUAUCAAAGAUAAAAUUCCAUCAUUAUUUCGUGAAGUGUGUGUUAACUACUACAACAAAAACUCUGCCAAAAUGGGGCUUUGAACAGGGUGAGAUAGCUUGUAAUCCAACCCAACGCGAUCCAAACUCUUUAUGGAACGUUGAAGACAAUACGUUUCCUUUGCUUCCUAACGUAUCCCUGGCUGACAUGGCCCCAGGAUUUAUUUCUAAAUUCAUUGAGUCCCACCGAGUAAUGAUCCAGGGUAACUCAGGAUUAAAACCCAAGGAAGGAGAAUGGACCUCUAAACCCUGGGAAUGGCCGGUCAACAUGAAAGGUCAAUGGUUUAGUGCCGGAGAAGAAUUGCGGAUUUAUCUGCUCGGGAACCCUAUUAUAUGGUGGGGGAACUUAGUGUUCCUAGCAGUAUUCAUCGCUGUCUAUGUGUUCCAUUCGUUUAAAGGACAGCGGGGAGACAAGAUGGCGACCGAAAAUACUUUGGACGCGGCAUCCGGCGCAAGUAGUGAGAGGGCGCUAGUAGCGUGUGGUUGGUUGUUUCUGGGUUGGUGUAUGCACUAUAUACCGUUCUACACAAUGGGUCGAGUUCUCUACUAUCAUCAUUACUUCCCUGCUCUUCUAUUCUCUAGUAUGCUUAGUGGGGUCAUUGUGGACUAUAUCAUACGUGAGGUAUGUCGACUAGUUCCUGAUACAGUUCGUUCUUCUGUUCUUCAUUCAGCCCUGGGAGCUGUAAUAGCAGUUGCUGCUUACAGUUACUAUAUAUUCUCUCCUUUAGUUUACGGAAUGGAGGGAGACGGAGGAUAUGGUCGUGAAACUAAUUCAAGUCUUCAUAAACUGCAUUGGAUAGACUCAUGGGAGUUCUAGAUACUCAGACUCAUAGGAGUUCUUUAUAUUCAGGCUCAUAGGAGUUCUAGAUAUUUAGGCUCAUGGGAGUUCUAGAUAUUCAGGCUCAUAGGAGUUCUAGAUAUUCAAACUCAUGGGAGUUCUAGAUAUUCAAACUCAUAGGUGUUAUAGAUAUUGAGGCUCAUAUGAGUACUAGAUAUUCAGGUUCAUAUGAGUUCUAGAUAUUCAGGUUCAUAUGAGUUCUAGAUAUUCUGACUCAUGGGAUAUUAAGACUCAGAAGUUUUAGAUAUUCAGAAAGGUUUUCUACCAGUAAGAAUCUCAAAUUGUAUAUUUGUAACUUGACCAAAUUCUAACAUUGUAUAGUUUUAUUCUACAGUCGGAUUUAAUGAAAAGUGAGUUGAACUAGAUGCGGCUACUAGAACUACUUCUUCGGUGCAUUCCUGUGCACACUAGGAAUUAUAGUUUCCAAUUUAGGAUCUAUUUGAACCCGUAAAAGCCUUCUCGGAAACUUUAAUGACGCUGUUAAGAUUAAUAAACCAUAUAAAAGAAAUUAGGAAAUUAAGGCUUUUUAUCUUUUUACUAUAUUUUGAAAUAAAUCCAGCCCCUAGAUGCUACACAGAGCUAGGUGAGACAUGCUGUAAAAAGUUUCUAUGGAAUUGACCCGCAAACUUUUUAAUUUUGUCACACCUAGCUCUGUGUAGUAUUUAGUUGGAAGAACUGCUCAUAAUUCAGUAAAUUAAGGUUCUGCUCUUCAUUUCAUAACGUUUUAAAGGGUUUAUCAUUCUCAAGAGCUUUAGAAAAAGUUCUAUAAUGCCUUGGCGGAUCCAAAUUGACCCUGGCCUGGUUGAAGUUGGAACCCCUUGAAGGAAUUGAUCAUUCCAGUAUUUGUUCUGCCGCGGUUAUAUGUAUUAUUUUUCAUAUUGUUUAUUUAUUAUUGUUAUUAUUGUUAUUUACCAAUUCAUAUUUUUAUAAUUAAUUAAUUUUUUGAUAAUAUAUUUUAGAUAUUAGGUAAGAGGUCGAUCGGAGCCAUCAAAAUCAGAUUUAAACGCCAAUUUCUUUUAGUAUAGAAUCUUUUUGUUCUAAAAUUAAUGCUAUUUUAUAAUGAAUCUCGAAGCUGCUAUUUGAUUAAUAAUUAUUACAUAUUUCGGAAGAUAUUUCUUUAAUAAAUAGUUGAUUA